AUGGCAAGAUUCACUGAUGAUGCUGGCGAAACGUUUGAGAAUGUACCAAGUCCACUGUCUGAUGCUGGGAAUCAAGACAACUACUGUGACAGACAUCUUCGGACUAGGUUCAUUCUGCAUAGUCCCCCUGACAACAAGACCAAUUUGCGACGAGGUACACCCACUUCUAUAAAUCAAAAGGAGACUGCGACCAUAACAGAUGCCACAAAAUCUUGACGACCGGAGCAAUCGAAUCCAGCACCCUUACGUUGGCGUUUUAAUUCUGUCCCCUUUUCUUCUGUCCGCUCUCGAACCCAGGAGCACGAGUUGAAUGGACAGACGAGCAAAUCCGUGCUAACAACUACGCCGGGCUCCACGUCUGUGAGUGGACAAACUUUCCUGCCCGUCAGUUGUCUCAGUCUCUCCAGCCCCGGCCUUCGCAGACUGUCUGGGCCGAUGCUGGCUCUUCUGGACGCCUGCGCCUCUCCCGGCGCCGGACUGGUCGGGCUGCCUUCUGAGAACCCGUCCCGAUGUGCAGCCUUCAACAGCAUCGGUGACCUGAUCGGUUGUCGCGAGUCCGGAGGCGCAGAUGACAGCGCCAGUGGUCCAGUUGCCUGGCGACUUGGACAGAUUGGGAAGAAAAACCCACCCAACUGCCAAGACAACGACACAGCCGGGGGCUCUGGCAGAUGGACGGGAGCCCUGGGCCGUGGCCCGUUGACGGGUGGGGAGACCAUCUCAGCAACCGGCGAGUCCCAGACACCGCUCAUCUGCCGGGACGUCUUCAGGCCGUCGGCCGACAUGCUGCCCUUCGUCUGUCCCCUGCCAACUCCCCUCGGAGAGCUCAAUCUACCGGCCGCCUUGUCGGCCCUCUUCGAAUCUGCCUCGGCUGGCGCCCCACUCACCGGCUUUGUGCCGGCCUUCGCAACCGAGCCCCACACUUCCGGCGCCAUAGGCGACCCCAUCGGGUCGGGCAACAGUUGCCAUGCGGAAAAUCCGGUGCCUCUGCAGACGCCCGUUGCCAAUUAUUUCCAGAAUGCCUCCGUGCCCGCAUGUCAAAUCAACACACCCGCAUUCCUCACGCUCCCGUCACCCUCCGGCGCAGCGCUCGCUUUUCCACCCGCCGACAGAUUCAAUUCGUCAGCCUUCAAGCAAUCAGCGCUCCAGAUGACUUUCGGCGCAACAGCCUCUUUUCCAUCAUCCAACUUGAACCUACCGACCGUCUGGUCAGCCACAGAUGCCUGCUCCGAGUAUGCUCUCUCCCCGAUCGCCACGGCCUCGACUGCAGCCCUGACGACGACGACGACGACGACGCCAGCCAUCGGACUAAUGAACUCGUCCUCUUCCAAGUAA